GCUCCUAAACAUAUCAGUUAGCGGGGAGUAGUUUGACGGAGGGAGAGUCUUGAGGCUGGACCAUCAGCGCGUUGCCUCGGUUGUUUCCCAGCGCGCAUCUGAUGUUUCUCUUCCAUUUAGAGAUACAGUGAUAGCCGAUCACGCUGGUGAUUCUUGCAUGCCACAAGCGGAGGACCUUAUCGCCGGUCCACGGCAGAUUUACAAAAAUUUCAUUUUUUGCUCCCAUGAUACACUAAUUAUUCAGAGGCAUGUGGAAUUCUGUACGGAUUACGAAUUUCUUUUUAAUGGUGUGUCUACUGUUAACGUUAUGGAUUAAGGGGUCCCAUUGCUCAGGCUAUUUUGAGCUUCAGUUGAUUACCGUUCAGAAUGUAAACGGUGAGUUGGCGGACGGAGAGUGUUGCGACGGCACCAGGAACUCAGAAGAUCUCCGCUGCGCCCGGGAUGAGUGCGAUACUUACUUUAAAGUCUGCUUAAAGGAAUAUCAAACGGAGGUCACCACCACUGGCGCAUGCACCUAUGGAACUGGAUCUACUAGCGUUCUUGGAGGAAAUAACAUUCAUUUCAAGAGUACCAAAAACGCGCAAAACAAAAUCGGCGAUGCUGGCAAGAUCAUAAUCCCUUUCCAUUUCGCUUGGCCGCGUGAGUACACACUCAUCGUGGAGGCGUGGGACUGGGACAAUGACACGACGACCCAUCACAACAACGAGGACCUGCUGAUUGAGCGGAGCAUCCGCAAAGGCAUGAUCAACCCAGGCGAUGGGGGCCAGACCAUCCAGCACAACGGACCCAUAGGCAACUUUGAGUACAGCAUCCGUGUUCGCUGUGAUGACAACUACUAUGGCAGCAAGUGCAACAAGCAAUGCCGGCCACGGGACGACUACUUCGGACACUAUGUGUGCGACCAGUUCGGCAAUAAGGUCUGCAUUGAAGGUUGGAUGGGCCAAGACUGCUGUACUGCAAUCUGCAAGCAAGGCUGCAACCUGCUUCAUGCCACCUGUGAUGUUCCUGGGACAUGCAUGUGUAACUACGGCUGGCAGGGGCAGUUCUGUGACGAAUGUCAGCCCCACCCAGGCUGCAUGCACGGUACCUGCGUCAAGCCCUGGGAGUGCAGCUGUGAGAAGAACUGGGGAGGCCUGCUGUGUAACAAAGAUCUGAACUACUGCGGCACACACCAGCCCUGCGUAAACGGAGGGACCUGCAUGAACACGGAGCCAGAUGAAUACAACUGUGCCUGUCCCAACGGGUACUCGGGCAAGAACUGUGAGAUAGCCGAACACGCCUGUGUUUCCAGCCCCUGCGCCAACGGGGGCACCUGCCACGAGGUGCCCGACGGUUUCGAGUGCAACUGCCCGCCAGGCUGGGGCGGCAUCACUUGUGCCAUAGAUAAAGAUGAAUGUGCCUCCAACCCCUGUGCCCAAGGUGGCACCUGCAUCGAUCUGGAGAACGGUUUUGAGUGCCUAUGUCCCCCACAAUGGGCUGGAAAGACCUGCCAGAUAGAUGUUAAUGAAUGUGCGGGGAGACCUUGCCUAAAUGCUUACUCUUGUAAAAACUUAAUUGGUGGAUACCAUUGCGACUGUUUUCAAGGAUGGGCCGGACAGAACUGUGAAAUCAAUCUCAGUGGCUGCCACGGACAGUGUCAGAAUGGAGCCACCUGCAAGGAGGGCCCCAGGGCAUACCAGUGCCUGUGCCCGCCAGGAAUUGUGGGUAGACACUGCGAGGUUCUGCAGAAUAAGUGUAUCAGCAGUCCCUGUCAUAAUGGCGGGCGGUGCAGCGCCGUGCUGGACGGCUUCCUGUGCGACUGCGCGGAGGGCUACUCCGGAUCUUUGUGCGAGGUGAGGAAUAAUCCCUGUAGUCCGAAUCCCUGCCAGAACAAGGCUGUCUGCCAUAGCCUCCUGGACGAUUACUACUGUGCCUGUCCUGAAGAUUAUGAGGGCAAGAACUGCUCUGACCUGAAGGACCACUGCAAGACCACACCUUGUGAAGUGAUUGACAGUUGCACCAUUGCCGUGGCGACCAACGCGACUGAGGAGGGGGUGCGGCAUAUCUCAUCCAAUGUGUGCGGCCCCCACGGCCACUGCGUCAGCCAAGCAGCUGGCAACUUUACCUGUGCCUGCGAGCGCGGAUUCACUGGCACCUACUGCCACGAAAACAUCAACGACUGUCUAUCCAGCCCUUGUAAGAAUGGAGGUACCUGCAUCGAUGGGAUCAACUCCUUCCGGUGCUUCUGUCCCGAUGGCUGGGAGGGCAGCCUCUGUGACCUUGAUGUAGACGAGUGCAGCCGCAAUCCCUGCAAGAAUGGCGGCCGCUGCGUGGACCUGAUGAAUGAUUUCUACUGCGAGUGUGCAGACGGCUGGAAGGGCAAGACGUGCCACUCACGAGAUAACCAGUGUGAUGCCGGCACCUGCAGCAACGGGGGAACGUGCUACGAUCAUGGCAGCGCCUUCCACUGCGUCUGUCCCCCGGGAUGGGCAGGCAGCACAUGCAACUCGGCUCAGAACAACAGCUGUGCUUCUGGGCCCUGCGAGAAUGACGGGACUUGUGUGGGAGGUGGGGACGCCUUUACGUGCAUCUGCAAAGAUGGCUGGGAGGGCCCCACCUGCGCUCAGAAUGCUGAUGACUGCAACCCGCACCCGUGCUACAACGGCGGAAUUUGCGUAGACGGGGUGAAUUGGUUCCGUUGCGAGUGUGCCCCAGGAUUUGCUGGUCCGGACUGUCGCAUCAACAUCGAUGAGUGCCAGUCGGCGCCCUGUGCCUAUGGUGCCACCUGCGUGGACGAGAUCAACGGCUUCCGCUGCGUCUGCCCCCUGGGCCGUGCCGGGCCUCUCUGCCAGGAGUUUAUAGGCAUUGGGAAGAUGUGUCGCUAUGACGGCCUGCAGUAUCCCCAUGGCAGCCAGUGGGAUAAUGAGUGCAACACUUGCCAGUGUGUCAACGGUGAUGUCAAGUGCACCAAGGUGCUGUGUGGACGUCGGCUUUGUCUUCUUCAGACUCCGCAGGGACAAGAACGUCCCUCCUGUCCAAGGGGACAGCAAUGUGAGGAGCACCACUUCCUCACCUGCUUCUCGCCGCCUUGCCACCAGUGGGGAGUGUGUUCCUCACCUGACCCCCCGACUCCCACUGAAACAAAGUGCGAGCCCAACAGCGGUUACCUGGACAACAGCUGUGCCCGAAUCACACUCCUCUUCACCAAGGCCAAAGUGCCACAGGGCACCACAGUGGAAAAUAUUUGCAUGGAGCUGAGGUACCUACCAGCUACUCGAACCCUGGCUAAUGACCGAUCCCUUCUGGUACUCUGUGACCUCUCCUACUCCAACCACAACGCGGUAGAGGUAGCCAUUUCCUUCCAACAGGAGGAGCAGGACAAUAGCCAGAUACAGGAGGUGGCCAGUGCCAUUGUUAACGCAUUAUCCAAGAGGCACAAUAGCACCAUCAUGCUCUCUGUCGUGGAGGUGAAGGUGGAGACGCAAGCUGUCUCCCAGUCUGUCGACUACCUGGUGCCCGUGCUGUGCGUGCUCUUCUGUGUGCUGUGGCUCUUCUGCAUCGCCAUCUGCAUCUGGUGGACGCGCAAGCGGAGAAAAGAGCGAGAGAGGCGGCAGCCGACCGCGGCGACAGAGGAGAACGUCAACAACCGGUGGGAACCACUGAAGCCUCUGUCCCAGCAGCAACCCAAAGACAACCGGGACGCCCAGCACGAGUGCAAGAAGCUCAUGUACUCCCCCGAUAGAACUUGCGACGGGGCAGAGGACGAGGAGGAGGACGACGAGCGGGAAAUGGGGACGAUGGAGGUGGACAAGUGUCCCCCAAAGAAGUGCCCGAAAGCUGCGGCGCAGACCAAGAAGGCUGUCAUCUACAUAGGCCAGAGCUCGCCACUCAGGCGGCCUCACCGGACGGCUCACAGCCCCAAGGACAACCGCUACAAGCACAUCAAUGAUUCCAAAGGCAUUGAGGACAUAAAAGACCAUUAUGUAUGAACCGUCUUAAAGAUUCGGGGCGGCUGGGG